GGUCACACUCUCCUUGGCUUUUGUAGGUUGUUUCCUCUGCCAUUUUUGGAGCUCGAUAUAGGGUUGGAGAAUGGCGGGGAAGAAUAAAAAGAAGCGUUGUAUUUUGUGUAAAGUGGUUGAGAAGUUUGCCUCUAACCUUAAACGGAGACCAGCUGAGGCACCCAAUGAUUUUAAGGACAUAGUUCUGUCCUUAGCAAAAGCCGUCAGAUUUUGUUAUGCUGAGACACUCGGCAAGUGGCCCGUCUUAGACCCUCCCAGAGUCCUCAUUUAUACAGCUCUCAACGAUAAGGGUAAGAAAAUAGUUGCAAUGGAAUGUGGCCAAACAAGUGAUUGUGUACAACUGAAAGACCCUGAAAUGUUAAAGGACUUAUAUCAGAUCAAAAGAUGCUUGACACGAACCAUGCUUGUCAGCAAAAAACGCUUUCGUGCCAAAUUAUUUGCUGCUGGCUUUGUCAAGGAGGAUGUUCUCCUAAGGAAGAGAAGAGCUCGGGUUUUAACAGACACGCUGACAGAUGCAAUGGGUGCUCCCGUUUCCUUCGAACAUAAAUUCAUUUGCAGUGAUGGUGAGGUGAGAAGGAACACUAUUUCAGGACAUGCACACCGUGGUAUGGUUUCUGCAGCAGAUUGGAUUAGAAAGCGCUGCACCCAUAUAUUAAUUACAAGAUGCUCUUCGUCAAUACCCUGGUUUCCAAAUCAAGAUCGUGGGGCACUCGCUUGGUGGUGGCACCGCUGCACUGUUGACAUAUAAGCUUAGAGAGAUAAACGAGCUCUCUUCAUGCACUUGUGACACGUUUGGCCCAGGCAUGUACUUAAAACUAUAUUAACUUCUUUAAUUUAAUUACACCUAAAGUUCUAAUUUGUUCGAUUCAGUAGUAACUAAUUAAUUCAAUAGGCUUUGUACUAUAAUUAGUGUUAACCACAUGUAGAAUAGUGCGUUAUUACGCAGAUACGACAUUGAAUGAAUAAGUGUUAAAAGAAAAAAAAAAUGAAAAGAAGUUAUUUCAA